CCGCUUGAUGCGUUAAGAAGUCUGCUCCCUAAAGUCCAUACAUCUAGUGGAUGUGCGUUGCUGAGAGCUAAGGAAGAGGGCACAUUGAACUCGGUAAUUACCCCGUACUCGUAUUUGUCCACCGCUAGCUGCUCACACGUGUAGCUUGAAUAUUCCUUCAAGAGAUGGAAAGCAUAAAGCAACGACUGCCCGCCGACAUUUUUGUUUGAUAACGUUUCGUUCAAUUGAACGUCUUUCAUUGAACACCGAGCCCAACCUCGUCUUGCUUUUCAUAAUGGAUAUUACGCAGACUCGCCACAACAUCAUCGCGGAGCGGUGGCCUGUCAUAUUGGCUGCUCUUCUGGUAGUGCUCCUCGCAGGCGUCUACCCUUACGCACUCAGGGCCGUUCAAAUUGCGCGUAUACCCACCAUUGGCACCGAACUAGGCGGCGUAGAUAAGCGCAGACAAGCUUAUAUCGCGUCAGCGCGACAAUUGUAUAACGAUGGUUACCGCAAAUUCAAGAAUGGUGUAUUCCAGAUUACAACGCCGCGGAACACAACCGUGGUGGUACUGAGUCCCAAAUAUUUGCCCGAGAUCAAGAAGUUGCCAGACUCAAUACUUAGUAUGGAUGCUUCGGUCGUUGAGACUAUUGAGGCCAAGUAUACCAAAAUCGAGCCCACAGUUCCCAUCGUCCCACACACAGUGAAGGCUGAGCUGACCCCUGCUCUCGUCCGGCUGAACCCGACCAUUGCUCAAGAAGUCCGGGAAUCCAUGGCACUUGAGUUUCCACCAUGUUCCGAAUGGACACCUAUCAAUAUUCACCACAAGCUUCUUCGGAUAGUAGCUAUGGUCUCCGGUCGUAUCUUCAUCGGUCCGGAGCUGUGUCGCGAUGAGAGAUACUUAGAUGCCGCUAUCAACUAUACCAUUGAGGUAAUGACGGCACAGAGGGCGGUUGUUCAGAUGCAUCCCUGGUUGCGUCCUUUCUUUGCAGCUCGGCUGCCUGAGAUCAAAAAGUUAGAGAAGCGGAAGCAAGAAGCUUACGAGUUUCUUGGUCCCAUGAUUGACGCUCGUAGACAGGCCUGGAAUCAAGCAAAGAACGACGGUCCGGAUGAUAUGCUACAGUGGCUUCUGACCAAUCAACCAAAGUUUCCUGAUGAACAUAGCCAGAACCUUGUCGAAGUUCAGUUGGGUCUAAGUUUUGCGGCGAUUCACACGACUGUGCUGGUUGCGACAAAUGUAUUUUACAGUGCUGCGGCUUUGCCGGAGCUGAUGCCGGAACUACGCGAGGAGAUCGAGGAAGCUUUAGCUCAGAACGACGGUAUUUUCACGAGCAAAGCCCUACAGGCCAUGACGAAACUGGACAGCUUUCUCAAGGAAACACUUCGAGUAUACCCGGCAACAAUGGCCUCCUUUCAGCGCAAGGUUCUGCGUACGUUUACUCUUUUAGAUGGCCGCGUGAUUCCCGCAGGCGUCACUAUUGAGAUACCGGCAACAGCUAUUAGUUCAGACCCGGACGUGUUCCCAAAUGCCGAUCAAUAUGACCCUCUCAGGUUCUAUAAGAUGCGUCAGCAGGCUAAGGAAUCUUCAAACGAAAGCGGUGCACUGAAUCAAUUCGUGAGCGUCAGUGCCAACAGCCUCAAUUUUGGGUACGGUCGUCAUGCUUGUCCGGGAAGAUUCUUCGCCGCCAACGAGAUCAAGAUGAUAUUUGCCAACGCUCUGAUGAAAUACGACUUUAAGCUUGCGAAUGGAGAGACUGAGAGAUAUCCCAACAUGGAGUUCGCGCAUAUGUCGAUCCCGAAUCCAUCAAAAGAAAUCUUGUUAAAGCAACGAUAAUCGCUCAAACCAAAGAUCGAAGAACAUUCUGGGCAUUUAGCAAAUAGACCGUGGAAGGAAACAAAGCACUCGUCGUGAACCGUUCUCGUAGUAAUUUAGGCAUGAAACAAUCAAUUGAUAACAUCGCAUAUA